AGCGGCUGAAAAAUGUUAUUGAACAAAUUUAUGGCUCCAUUCAACCCAUCCUCUUUUUUCUGCCCAUAUCUCAGCAGGCAGUUUUUACACUUAAUUUGGAAUUACCCGACUACAAACUAUUAUUCGCUCCCAGUUUGAUAGAUAUAUUUUGUGUGCGGCAAGAUGAGCGUGGAGGAGCAUGCCCCGGAGUAUGUGUGCAAUGUGCAACUCCAUGUGGAGCCCGGUGAGCGGCCCAAGUUGCCGCCUGGUUGCCCUCCUCCGUUGGACAGCGGCAGUACCGAAUCGGAGCCACAACACUCGGAGGAGUGCUGUGUGGAGCUGGAGAACGUGACGGUCAAGUUCCGGCUCACGGAAUCCGACAUCCUGGCCCAGGUGUAUCCCAACUGCUUGACCCUGGGCGAAGUUAAGCAGGACAUUGCUCGCAAAUUCGAAGUGGAACCGGGAUCAUUGGUCCUACGGCAGGAUAAUCGCGUGCUCUGCGAUUCCCUGCCCCUCAACUCCACGGCCCUGGAUGAAUACGGCAUCCAUGAGUUCCAACUGGAGCUGUGUGCGGAGGGCAGUCCCUCCUCCAAACUGGAUCUGGACGUCUACUACGACAAACAUCGCUUGGCGGACUUCAUCACUGUCCACAUUUCUGGAGAGGAUACCCAGGAUGGUCAAUCCAAAAACGUGGUGGUGGAGAUUGAAAAUGCGGCCAUCGUCAAACCUUUCUUGUGCGGCUACCGGGAUAAAAACACUGGCAAGGAGUAUUUGGAUGCCUUUACCCAAACUGGUCCCUAUUUCGACAAGAUGAAGUACAGGAAAUACAAGACUAGGGAUACGCAAACCUGGGAGCAAAAGGAGAAGACUCUGAACACAGCCCAUGAGCAGUCGGUGCAAUGCCAUCUGGAUGGCACUAACAUCCUGUAUGUAUCCGCAGUCAAUGAAUUUACUAUUGUUCCUGGCAAGUACCAGACUUUUGCCCAGAAGGAGCGAGCCGAACGAAAGCUCGAGAAGAUUCUGCUCAUACAGCGGAAUUGGAGGCGCUGGAUUUUAUGGAAAUAUAUCCACAUGAGGGCUAGAGAAUAUCGUCGCCUGGUCCAAAAUCGCGAGCAGGAGGAUGAGCGUUAUGAAAAGUGCGUGGAGCAGCGUGUGGAGCGGCAUCGAGUGAUCAAGCAAUUUCCCCGCAACAAGGACGACUUCGAUCUACUGUUCGCCGAGGUGGGUCGCUGGAAAAAGGCUGAGCUGAAGCGGAUUACAGCCAACUACGAAGGUCCUGCCCGCAUCGCUGAGGUGAACAUCCUGCUGGACAAGGAGAUCCAGCUGCUGAAUGGCGUGGAGCGACAGCGCAAUCUGGUUUACAAGGCCAUGGAGGAUUUCCGCAAUGACCAACUACUGAAGGAAAUGGGUAAGCCGAUCGAGUGGAUCGGCUACAAGGACACCAAGAUCCACAUGGAUCUGUUGAGCACACAGCGAGUGCGCUUUCUCACGGAGAUCUACAAGGAUCUACGAAAGCCACGCAACAAGGAGGAUCGCUUGAACUUCAUCCGCCAGGUCAUGACAGUUUUAACCGAGGAGACUUGCUAUCCCAAUUUUCCCGAGCUCUUCGAUCUCUUUGAACGUGAGAAGAAUCUAAUGCUCUACGCCAAAUCCUUUGAUGUGGAAAUUUUGCGCAAACGCCAGACCAUGUUGUUCUUUGAUUUGAUAAAGUUUCAGAAGGACAAGCCCAAGGAGAGAACUCCAUCGCGCAUGUGCAUUGUGUGCAAGAAGGUUAAGACCUAUGCGGAGUUUGCCAUCAGGACUCGUCAGAGUCAUGUGGACACCUGCAAGCACUGCUACUAUCUUAAGCUAACGGCCACAGAGAAUACGGUGUACCAGUCCAUCUUGAGAUGCAUCCAUCGGGAUGAGCGCAAACGCAAGUGCACCACGUCCUUUGCCUUUGUGAUGCAGCCAGAUGAUGUGCGCCACAUCAUAGACAAGAUAUGGCAUGGACACUCGGCCCUCAGCAAGACCGAGAAUCUCAGCGAACUGAGAUUGCCGCGCUGGAACAAGAGCGAUGACUGGGCACCUUGGAACUGUGUUUGCCUCACGGAGCGAGAGACGCGAGAUCACUACAAGAUCGAUGACAUCGAGAAGGUGUACGAUGCCAAGUUCAUUCUGCACAUUGGCAAUCUGCACAUGCUGGCCCGCAGUCUGUUCCACACCUUGGCUGCCGUGGCCAUCGAGUUCCAGGAGACGGGUCAGUGGUGGAAGGUGGGCAUGAACAAGCAGCGCUCCAGCAAACUGGAUGCCAUUUAAAAUAAACUUAACUUAUGGCUAUCAUAA